AUGGCAACCGUGGAGUUGAGCGUGUUCGGACUCGGCUCCCAGAUCGACGUUACCAACGAAACGCUUGCCCUUGCGGGCGUGGUGGGAUUCACUGUUGCCUUUGAGAUGGCUGCGCACCGCUUGGAGCACCGUCUUGCGGGAACACCGUACAUGGGAAUGCUCGCCAAGAUCUACAAGGAGUUGAUGAUCAUGGGCUUCAUCUCCUUAGGCGUCUUCCUCCUGCUGCAGUUCGGGAGCGUGGGUAGCACCCUGGGCUUCUACACGUUCGAGUUUGCACACAUCGUCAUUUUCUUCACGACGUUGAUAUUUGUGGCUCAGGCCUGCCUGAUGAUGGUGCUAAGUUCUAGGCUCAAGAGGCGAUACGAGAAGUCCACCAACAUCAGCGUGGAUCACCUGCUCACGUUUUACUCCCUCCACCGCAAGAGCAAGAUGUUUCAUGCCAGAUGGCUGCCGGUUUCGGAUCUGCGAGAGGUGAUGGAGUUUAAGAUCGUUCAUUCCUUCUUCCGGACAACAUUUGCGCUGCCGACGACCUUCAACUUCGCGUUGUACAUGCGAAAGGCCACCGACAGCCACAUACUAGCGCUCGUGGACGUGGAGUCCUCGACCUGGGUUGUUCUUGGUGUCGUGUUCUUCCUGAACUUGGCGAGGAUCAAGAUUUGGCAGAUGAUCGGUCUGACAAAAGAGGAAGAAGACCAUGCCGACGAUGACCACGGCACCACGGAUGACCAUGGUUCUUCGUCUACGUCCUCACACGACGAUCAUGUUGCGACGACCAGCAGCGGUUAUGAUAACGGGAGGCGAUGGUUGGCCGGGGAUAUGGGCGAGUUCGCGUCGGACGCUUACGGCAACACCGGGUCCGACGGGGAGACGAUGUUCAUUGUUGCCGGCUGGCUGAUGCUGGCGUUGGCAGUGUUCAACUACUUCAUGUCGCGGUGGGUGGAGCUGAGGCUCCUGAAGAAGGCCGGGUGCGAAGACACCCACGAGUACCACAAUCAGCUGGCCGUGAUAGAGAAGCAGACGCUGGAGGCAAAAAAACACGAAAACCGCAGGCGAACGGUGUUGAAUCGCGGUGGUCACUUGCAGCGGUUGAAGCGCCAGGUCGACGAGGCCAAAGAAGACAGCAGGGCUCAUCAUUCCCACCACCGCCACUGGCGAAGAAAGGAGGGCGGGGGCAUGGAUGAAAAAAGCUUCCACGCUUCGAUAUCGCGCCACCUUGGACAGGCGAUGCGCAACGCACAGGCGCUUUCAUCGUCAGUCGGGUCAGCAGACAUAAAGGAAGAAAUCGAGAAGGUGAUCCAACGCUCAACGCCUCCGCGAGGGUUUCUUCGGCUCGGAAGUGGCAACAGAAGCAAGAUCCUGCCGGAGGAGGAACUGAAUCGAAACAGUACCAACGAAAGAGACUUGCUUGUCGACGGGUUAGGAACAACAGCCAACAGAUCGGUCGCAGAACUGGCGUCAAAGCGCGGAGACACCACACCCUUGCCUCCAAGCGUACCCAACGAUGUGGGCUCGUCCGGCAGCAACACAACUGCUACCGCGGCCGCAGCAGCUGCUGGGGCGUCUGUCGCCCUCUUGCCGCGGGCACAACCGCCAGGAGAGCGAGCAGAUCUGGGGCUGUCACGGGGGACGGCGGCGGCGGCGGCGGAAACGGGCGGGGGUGCGAGAGAAUACACUACCGUUUUGGUUGCACCCGACCCGGGGGACUCUGUUCGCGCCUCAGAAUACGGAGUGGACAGCGAGUCACGAGAUGAUUCGUCCGGCAACAACCGUCGCAGUCCACAGGAACGGGAGGGGUUGGACGUGGAGGAAGAAGUAAAAGAGGGAGACGACGUCAACAGACCUGCGGAGGAAUGGGGUCGGGGCGGGAGUUGGAGCGGCGGUGGGGGCAGACAGGUCUUGGGCGACGAUUGUCAUCAGCUGCGAUACGUAAUGAACAUCCCAAGCCUUCGGACCCAAAAAGAUGGCGGCAGCAGCAAGGAUUUUACUCGAUCGCCACUCGAGGUGCUAGUAAAGCGGGAACCAAAGCCGCUGCUCCAGGACAAGACCGUUUCGCACCGCGCGGGAUACGUCUGCAGCGACAGCGAUAGCGGUGACAUCAAUGGCAGCGAUACCGAGACCUCGUCCCGCUCCUUCUCACACCGAAAGAGCAUGAGCUCGAGCAAUGUGUCUUCCAUGGGGAGAAGAGCCAGCCACACCUUUCGGGAGCAGGUCCGGCGGGUGAGUCAACACCUGGCUAAUACGACCAAGCUGGCCAUGGACGUCACGAAGGCGACGGACAGAAUCGUACGAAAACCAUCCAUCAAGGCGAAGCUCGAUCUUUUCAACGAUCUGAGUGACAUCUACCCGUUUGGCAGUCCAACGCUUUUUCACAAGACCCUGGACGUACUACUGCUCUUGAGUUGCACCUAUCUGGUACGUUUAUUUGUGUCUGGCAUCUUACUCUGA